AUGUUUGCAGAUACAUUUUAUCAAAUUCCUUCAGGUCAUCUAAAACCACUAGAAGAAGACGAUAUUGAGAACGACGAGGUUGUGUCAGUCGCUAUCGGUCCUCCUGCUAUACGACCGAAAUAUGAAAAACCAACGUGGAAGCAAACACCCCGUUCAAUAACAAAUAAUACAAGCAACUCGUCAGCGACCAGACUAGUUAAAGAGGUACUUGUACAACUUGGAAGAGAAUUCUUAACUCAUCAGGUCAACGAAGAUUUUGUAUUCGGACAAUAUGUAGGAAACGCUAUGAGGAAUUUGAGAAGUGAUCUCCGCUUAAGAAUGCAACAUGAAGUCUUAGAUCUGGUGGUGAAAUAUCAGAAAAUGAAUCGAGGGGAAACCUUAGCAGAUCAUUUGAAUGAUGAAAGAACAGGAAUUAAAGAAAGCAAGUUAGAAAAAAAAUCAUCUUGUGCAAAUGACACUGAUGAGAUUUGGCCAGAUUUCCCCAAUUUUGCGAAAAUUGUUGGUUAAUCUCACCAGGACUGUACCAAUUUAAAAUGAAACUAAUGAAAUUGCUAAUUUUGCUGUUUAACAUAUCGUUGAAGAUACUAAAGUGUCUACUCCAAACGUCUUUUGUUGUGUGUGAAAAUUACUAGUAACUAACUA